AGCGUGGGUGUGCCGUCAAACCCCACGUGCCCCUCGUCUCCCCGUCGACUGCUCCGCGCGCAGCCUCAUUGCUUCAAUCAAGCGGAGUAUCGUGAGGCCGAUAGAGGAGAGUGUGUGUGUGUGUGUGUGAGAGUGUGUGUGAGAGAGAGUGUGUUAACGCCGACACCGACACGCAACCAUGCUGCUGGAGCCGAGCAGCGGAGCCUCGCCAGGGGGCUUUUAACUUCGCCACGGCCGGAGAGGGGUUGAGAAAUGCGGGCGCCGCGUGUACAUGAACCCCGCUGUUCUGUUCCUCUUCACUGUCAACAUCCGUCCUACCGCAGCUCCGCUCACGGCUCCUCCCGGUUCAUUUAACGGGCGCUGCACCGAGGAGAGCCCCGGGACUAUGUGAGCAUCAUGCACGCUGUGAGAUGCCUGCUGUUCGCUGCAGUGUGUGCACGGUGCGCCGUGACAGGUCUGAGGGAACGGGUCAGUCUGGAAGGAAGGCUGCCGCCUGCAGAGGAGGUCGUUCAGCCCAAGCGGCUCCUGCAACAGAUUAACUCCCAAGAGGAGCUGCUCCACAGCCGACUAAACACUCGAGUUAAAAACUACACUGCCGAUGCGCGGCCCGUCCAUCUGGCCCAGAGCAGCUUCUUGGUGGAGGCCUUUGGCACGUCCUUCAUCCUUGACCUGGAACUCAACCACAAUCUGCUAUCUACAGACUAUGUGGAGCGUCACUAUGAUGAGAAUGGGCGGCUGUCACAGAAUAUGGGGGGCGAGCACUGCUACUACCAUGGCCGUGUGCGAGGGCUGCCGGGCUCCUGGGCUGCUCUGUCCACCUGCCACGGCCUCCGGGGGAUGUUUUCUGACGGAAACUUUACCUACGGGAUUGAACCUGUUGGCAAUGGAGAGGACGCCCUUCAGGAGCAGAAUGACCACAUUGUGUAUCGUAUGCCGGAUAUUGACCUCUUCCCACCUCCCUGUCCAGGAUGCUCCGUGAACAGCACCCAGCCCGAGGGGCAGACGGACGGUGAGCUGAAGGAUGGAGACAACUGGUCUGAAGAGGAGAAGCCCGACUUUACAGAAAGCCUGAGACGCUCCAAAAGACAAGUGCGGCGAAGCCAGCGCACCGUCCAGACCGAGACCAAGUACAUCGAGCUGAUGGUAGUCAACGACCACGAGCUGUUCGUGCAGCUUCGUCGGUCGUCCACUCAGACGAAGAACUUUGCCAAAGCGGUGGUGAACAUGGCUGACGCGAUCUACAAGGAGCAGCUCAACACUCGUAUCGUCCUGGUGGCCAUGGAAACAUGGUCUUCUGAAAACAGGGUCUCCGUGGGCGACGACGCCUUGCUCACCCUGCGCGACUUCAUGAAGUACAGGAAGGAGAGCAUCAAGGAACGCUGCGACGCCGUUCACCUCUUCUCUGGGAGGACGUUCAUGAGCAGCCGCAGUGAGGCAGCCUACAUUGGGGGCAUCUGCUCAGUCACCAGGGGUGGAGGCAUCAAUGAGUUUGGCAGUGUGGGCCCGAUGGCCAUCACGUUGAGUCAAAGUCUCGGCCAGAACAUCGGCAUGCUGAGAAACAAAGAGCGACUGGCUGCGGGAGACUGCAGGUGUCCAGACCCAUGGCUGGGCUGUAUCAUGGAGGACACCGGUUACUACCUGCCCAGGAAGUUCUCUCGCUGCAGUAUAGAUGAGUACCUGCGAUUCCUCCAACAGGGAGGAGGCAGCUGUCUGUUCAACAAGCCCAGCAAGUUGUUAGACCCACCAGAGUGUGGGAAUGGAUUUGUGGAGCUGGGAGAGGAAUGUGACUGUGGCUCACUCGUGGAGUGUGCACGGAGUGGAGCCAACUGCUGUAAGAAGUGCACCCUUACCCACAAUGCCAUGUGCAGCAACGGGCUCUGCUGCAGGCACUGCAAGUACGAGUUGAGAGGGGUGACGUGCCGUGAAGCUGUUAACGGCUGUGACAUCCCUGAGACCUGCAUGGGAGACUCCAGCCAGUGUCCUCAUAACGUCCACAAACUGGAUGGCUACACGUGUGAUGCUGGACGGGGUCGGUGUUAUGGUGGUCGCUGUAAGACAAGAGACGGCCAGUGCAGGACGCUGUGGGGCUACAACUCAGCCGACAGGUUCUGCUAUGAAAAGCUGAAUUCUGAGGGCACAGAGAAAGGAAACUGUGGUCCGGACUCCAGUGGUCAGGGAUGGGUGCAGUGCAACAAGCAGGACGUCCUGUGCGGUUUACUGCUGUGCACCAAUCUGACAGAUAGGCCGAGGUUUGGUGAACUUCAGGGGAGGCUCACCAGUCUGACCAUCCACCAUCAGAACAGAUACCUGGACUGCAGGGGCGGCCAUGCAGUGCUGGAUGACGGCUUGGAUAUGGGCUAUGUGGAGGAUGGGACGCCAUGUGGGCCAAACAUGAUGUGUUUGGAGCGUCGCUGCUUUCCCAUCCCCACCUUCAACCUCAGCACUUGCCCGGGCUCCUCGCCCUCACACAUCUGCUCCCACCACGGGACUUGCAGCAACGAGGUGAAGUGUAUCUGUGAUUCGGACUACACUGGGAAGGACUGCAGUGUGUUUGACCCGAUCCUCAUCCCCACGCCGCCAGACGGCUCAGAGAAAGCCAAAGGUCCCAGUGGCACCAAUAUCAUAAUAGGUUCGGUUGCUGGUGCAAUUCUGGUGGCAGCGAUAGUCCUGGGGGGAACUGGCUGGGGAUUUAAAAACAUCCGAAGAGGAAGGUACGACCCCGCCUUUCAGUCCUGAUCCUGAAAACGUUAUCAGUCACGAGUCCCUGUUCAUUAUUAUUAUUCAAAAUGGGACUGUUUUAUAGGAAUCCUCUGCUUCUUUAUCAGCUGAGCACAUUUUUGCAGAUAUCUAAACCCACACGUCUUCUGCUUUUACGGCCUUAUUUGUCAUCUUUCACACAUUUGUAUCUGAUGUUUAUUUGUAUAGGGAUGAGUAUAUAGCCUGAACCAUUGCCACACAGCACAUUAUUUAUAUAGCCUAUGUUAGUUUGCAGUCUUCUUCCAUAUAUGGGCCUUUUAAUACACAAAACGUAAUGAAACUAAAUCAAAAUUGUAGUUUUAGGAUACAGCGCUAACUUCUAAAUCCUAGUUUGUUUCAUUAUUAUUUGUACUGCAUGUCCCCUCACUCAAAGUGGCUGCCAUUUCUAGAAUAUAGCGGCAGCGUCGACUUUGUAAUGACUUUCAAUAAUAAAAUAGAACUCCUCUUUUAGGUUUUUGGUUAUUUUAUGUUCUAUCUGCUGUUGAAGCUGGGACUAUUAGUCAAUUAAUUGAUAAGUCAAUCAACAGAAAGUCAACAACUCUUUUGAUAAUUGAUUCAUUUUCAAAGUAAUUUAACAUUUGAUGCUUCCAGGCUCUAAGAAGUGAGAAUGUCCUUGUCUUAUAGUAAAUUGAACGUCUUUGAAGAUGUCAUCUUUUGCUCUAGGAAAAGUUUAAACUGUUUUCUGAUGUUUAACUGACCAAACAAUUAAUUCAAUGAGAGAAAAAAUAUCUAAUGUGAAUAAUAAAUCUGUCUUUUCCAUAUUUUAAUUAAUCUUUUAUGUACUGUCUCUUCUAUCAGAUUCCUCAAUGUUUGUCUUUCUCUUCCCCACUCCUCUUAUCUUCCCCUCUUCUUCUCUCCGUGCUUCCUUCCUCUUCUCUUUCCAGAUCUUCGUGAGUCUGAGUUGUAUCUCUUCGCAGUCCUGUCUUCCUUACACGGUGUCCAGUCUGCUCUGAGGAGACGAGACAAAGAUGUCUUCCACUUUUCAUCCCUCCAACCUUUUCUGUUUGCUUUUCUGAUUUCAUUAAUGCUGGUAUUCUCCUCCUGGGAAGCCAAAGUAGCUUUUGUUUAACUGCAGUAUGGAAGUUGCCACCAGAUCUGAAAGGCUGUCGGGGGUUGUCUGGUCUUAACUGUCAUGCUCAUUCUUUAUUGACACAUUUGUGUCCAGGACACAAGCACACAGCCCUUAACUGAAGUGUGUUUACUAAACUUUUCGGCUUGAUUUCCCUUCCACUGGUUACAGCUAAUCCUCUGCCACUAAUCUUCUGUUGUUGUGAUUUACCCCCUGAAGUAAUUUCUUGGAAGAAGGUCAUGUGCUACUUCUAGUCUGGACUUUUUUGGGAAGUCUUCUGUUGUCAAAGAUAUUUAACCUCAUGGAGAGCACAACCACCUCCUCUCAGUGGUGUGACUUAAACGGCAAUAGAAGUGUAUGAAUAUCACCAAAUAGUGAAUGUUGACAUUUUAUCAUAGAUGAGUUAUUUUGUGUGUUAGGCCGUAACAUUCCACGGUAAUAGCCAUACGUUCUCUUAUUCUGCCGUUCAUUAUCAAACAGUAGUCCGUCCUAAAUUAAUGCUUCUACAUAAUAUGCAUUAAUGUAUGAAUGUAUAGUUCAGGCCUGCAAGGAAGCUAGUUGUGUCUCUUUUUACUUUACAUGUAACCACCAAAUGUUUUAUCCCGCUGUAUGAUAUGUAAUCUAUAUACAGCCAAUAUGCAUACAGGUAUGCUGAACAUGGGUGCUGAUGUACAUAGUGUAUCAUACGGUUGACUCGUGACGACAGCAGUCACUCACUGCCGAUCUGAAUGAAAGCACAAGUCUUGAGAGAGAAGACUCUUCCUGCCUCUCAGCGUAAAACUGCUCAUUUUGAUGAUUUAAUUCACGGGAGAAGAUUUGAACCGUUGCAGUUUAGUGAAGUUUGAGCUCUUCUGGUUUUUCCACGAUUGUGGGAUGCCUGAUCAUUUGGGUCACAGAGGAAGAUGUGUGAGGGAGAUUAUGAAAUAGAUAACAGAUUUCCAAAAUCAGAUUUCACUUGAUUCUACAUUAUGUUCAUGGAUUAUGUGCUCAAUCAAGCUGUUGAGGUAAAACUAGAAAUGAAAACAAUUUAAAUAAACUUUAUUGCGAAAAUGGCGUUAGAUCAUUUCAUUCUGACUGACCCGAUCAAUAAGCAAUAUGUACCGUUCAUAAAAUAAUGUCAGAAACUUGUUCCACUAAAUAACAAUAUGGAAGUGCGCAUCCGCACAGGUGCCACAAGAGAUGAUCCAAAAUACAUACACUGCCAGUCAACCUACAGUAGCAUUGAAGGAAUAUGUUGACAUCUUUGCUGCCUCUGAAAUUAGACGCCAAUAAAACAAUUCCUAGUGACAUUCCUUACCGACUAAAAUGAGUGCAGUUAGUCAUGGAAAUUGAUUUUUGAAGAUAAAAUGCUCAACCUAUUUUGACUUUAAACGCCAGGUGAGGUUAAAUGCUAAUUUUCUCAGAAUUUUAAAUGUCAGAGGCUAUCCCUUUAAUCAUACUUGAACUAUCUUUAUGCCGUACACGCUGUAUAAAAUCUAAUAAUCAAGGACAGACUUGGCUAAAAGCUCAGGUCACACUGUGUUUAGUUGGACUCCUCAAAGGAUUUUGGCACCAUUCCCACAGGGAAGUCAACGUUGUUUAUUCUCACAGGAAGGCAUCCGGUAUUAGCGUAUCCUAAAAUGUAAAUAUUCACAUUAUUGUAUAUUGAAAUACCUAUUAAAACAUAUCUGAAUAACAGUAA